ACCGCACUGACAACAACGUGUGUGUGUGUUGUGAAUGUACGCACAGCAAAUGAUCGAUUUACUCUUAAAAGAAGCUAUAAAAUAAACAAGAUCUCAUCUUGAAGAAAACAUAAACCCACAAUGAGAAACCUCAGUCUGCUGAACCGCUCCAGGAGUGUGGAUCUUCCCAUCCCAGGAUCCCCUCAGUGUUUCUCCAUCAGGAGUGAGGCUGGAACAGUGCUAGUGGCCUCCGAGUUUGCCAUCACAGAGUACAACCCUCAAACCGGAGAGGUUCUUAAUGAGGUUUCGAUGACGGCAGAUGGCUAUCUCCUGGAGGAUGGUAGUGGCGUUGUGCUGGCGAUACAAGAUCUGCCAGAUCAGGAGUCGGUGUGUUUGGCCACUGCCAGCGGUGAUGUCAUUCUCUACAACCUCAACACCAGCCAGUUGGAGUGUGUUGGCAGUGUUGACAGCGGUCUGACUGGCAUGACCUGGAGCCCAGACCAAGAGUUGGUCACUCUAACCACUGGCCAGGAGAGCAUUAUCAUGAUGACCAAGGACUUUGAGCCGAUAACUGAAGUUGCAAUCAAUCAGGAUGACUUUGGUGAAGAUAAGUUCAUCACAGUCGGUUGGGGAAAGAAGGAGACUCAGUUUCAUGGUUCUGAGGGCAAGCAGGCCGCCCAGCGGAAAGCAGCAGUGGUACAACCUGCCUUGCCUUGGGAUGACAGGAAGCCAAGGAUUACUUGGCGAGGCGAUGGGCAGUUGUUUUCUGUCAGUGCUGUUUGUUCUCAGACUGGUGCUCGAAAGGUUCGAAUUUGGAAUCGAGAAUGUGUCCUGCAGGCCACCAGCGAGGUUGUUAAUGGUCUGGAACAGCCUCUCUGCUGGAAGCCCACAGGCAGCCUGAUUGCGUCCACACAGCGGCACCCAAACAAACACAGCGUUGUGUUUAUGGAGAAGAACGGACUGUUGCAUGGAGAUUUUACUCUGCCUUUUGAAAAAGAUCAGGUUAAGGUGAAGGAGCUGCUGUGGAAUAGUGACUCUACUGUUCUGGCUGUUUGGGCUGAAGACUUAAAGCACAAAGAGAAUGACCAUCCCAAUACAUACAUUCAGCUGUGGACAGUCAGCAAUUAUCACUGGUAUCUAAAACAGAGUUUGCAUUUUGGCAAUGAUCCCAUCAAAGCUCCAGCAUGUGUGUGUUGGGAUCCAGAGAAAGCUUUGCGUCUCCACAUUCUGACUUCAGGAUUGGUCAGCUGCACCUAUGACUGGGGCUGGAGCACUCAGCGCAGUCACGGCUGUGAUUGCCAUGACAACGCCAAUGUGGCAGUGAUUGAUGGAGAUAAAGUUCUGGUGACGACGUUCCGCCAGUGUGUGAUUCCUCCACCUAUGUGUGCAUAUGAGCUUCAACUUCCUGUUCCUGUCAACUUGGUCACAUUUCAUUCUCAAGCCCAGAGAACCAAUGAGCUUGCAGCUCUCACAGCCGAUGGGCAAAUUCAUGUGUACAGUGAAGGUGGUGGAAGUGAAAACAAAGCUGCGUCUGCAUUUAAAGUGAUCUAUGCGCCAUUGGUUUUAAAAAAGACGUACAGGGUAAAUGUGGAUCAGGAGGAACCCCUUACCCUUCGCUUGCUCCUGUGGUUGAGUGAGGAUAUGUUUUUGGCUGUGGCCCAUGGAAAAAGCAUGACACGCCUGCUGAAACUCACACCUUCUGACAACCAGGACCCCAAGGAGAUGCUGGAGAUUAGGUCAGACAUUGAAGUGGAUGGUCAUGUGAUCAGCUUAUGUCACAGUCUUAAAAAUGACACCGUAGCUCUGCAACUUGAAGAUGGACAGAUUCGGAAACUUCUCAUGGAUUCUUCAGGGCUAAGUGUAACAGAAUGGAAGGAUUCCACUGGAAAUACCAUCAACUUUCCCCAGCCUUGUGUUCAGAUGGCACUGUGUACUCUCAGCGGAGAGGAAUAUUUCAUAGGCCUCACAGAGAGAUCUCACCUCUUCAUUGGCGACUCAUUGGUGGCCUCCAACAUCUCCUCCUUUGUGGUUUAUGAUGAAUUCCUCCUGCUCACCACACACUCUCACAUGUGCCACUGUCUCAGGCUCAGCACGCUCUCUAUUAAAGGUGUACAGUCAGCCCUGAGUUCAGACACUAAUCAGAACGAUGAAACUGUCCGAAAGGUGGAGCGAGGCUCUCGGAUAGUGACUGUGGUUCCCCAGGACACAAGACUCAUCCUCCAGAUGCCACGAGGGAACCUCGAAACCAUCCAUCAUCGAGCUCUUGUACUUGCUCAGCUCAGAAAGUGGCUUGAUGGUCUCAGAUUUAGGGAUGCUUUUGAGUGCAUGAGGAAGCUGAGAAUCAACCUCAAUCUCAUCUAUGACCACAAUCCCACUGUGUUUCUUGACAACAUUGAGAUUUUCCUGAAACAGAUCGACUCCAUCAACCACAUCAACCUCUUCCUCACUGAACUCAAAGAGGAAGACACCACCACAACGAUGUACCCUUGUCCUUCAGACUCAGCCUCAGGAAAAGAAGGGAAAAAGGUGGACAUCGUCUGUGAUGCUUUACGAUCCACAAUGGAGACUCUCGACCCACAGAAAUAUUGUUUAUGUAUUCUGACAUCUCAUGUGAGAAAAACUACACCUGAACUGGAAACCGCUCUACAGAAGGUCCACGAGUUGAGAGUAAACCCACCCAGCGGCACCAGCAGUGUGAGCGCAGAGGAAGCCCUGAAGUACCUUCUGUUCUUGGUCAAUGUGAACGAGCUGUAUGAACAUUCACUCGGCACCUAUGACUUUGACCUAGUGCUCAUGGUGGCUGAAAAAUCUCAAAAGGACCCUAAAGAGUACCUGCCCUUUCUGAACAUGCUGAAAACCCUGGAGCCGAACUACCAGCGAUACACUAUUGAUAAACACCUCAAGAGAUACAGGAAGGCCUUGAAUCACCUCAGCAAGUGCGGUGAAGAGCACUUCACGGAGAUGCUGAACUUGGUGAAGGAUCAGAGACUGUACAGUGAUGCUCUUGAGCUUUUUCCUUCAGACAGUCAGCAAUAUAAGACCCUGAGUGUGGCCUAUGCGGAGUAUCUGAUGGAGCAGCAGCAGGCAGAGCAGGCGGGACUGCUGUUGUGGAGGUGUGGGGAGUCUGCUCGCGCCCUGCAGGCCUUCGUCAGCUGCACUAGCUGGAGAAACGCACUCGCCGUGGCUGCGCAAAUCCCAUUACCACCACAGCAACUGGCACUGCUCGCACGAGACCUAGCAGAGAAACUUCUGGAGGCCAGAAGACACACGGAAGCUGCUCUGUGUUUAGAGCAGUAUGCUAAGGAUUGUGAGGAGGCGAUUUCUGCUUUGAUACAAGGAGCUGCUUGGGAAGAAGCUCUGAGAUUGAUUUAUUUGUACAACAGACAGGACAUCAUUGAGACUGAUUUAAAGUCGGCUCUUUUAGAAGCUCACAGUAAUCAGACGUCCUUCCUGGAGUCCCAGAAGGCUUUGUUCAUCCGUCACAAAAACCGCCUCGCUGUGGUUCGAGAACUCAAAGCCAAAGCCAGCCUGGAGUUAUUUGGUGAGGACGGCCCUGACUGUGCAGAUGCUGAACUCUAUUCAGAGGCCAGCAGUGUCAUGACCGGCAGCCAUCUUGGCUCAAAAUACUCCCGAAGCAACUCUCGCAUUUCAUCGCGUUCGUCUAAAAACCGCAGGAAAGCCGAGGGGAAAAAACACAGUCUGAAGGAGGGAAGCCCAUUCGAGGACAUCGCCCUCCUGAACGCUCUUAUUCAAAUCAUCACUGUCGUUGAUAAAAUGAGGGAAGAGGUUCACAGUCUGCUGAAGGCUCUGGUGCUCUUCCAGUUUGACGGUCUGGCCAGCGCUCUGCAGAAAUACUACAGUGAUCUGCUUCUGCUCAUGGACAAAUCCAUUCCUGACAUCUGGAGCGAGAACCUGCAGCCGGGCCAAACUACACUCACAGGUCCAAACUCCACAGUGAACAGUAUCGUAGCAUCAUUUCAGCAGCAGAAACCGGCUGUGCCUCAAGAUACAGAAGCGCUGACGCCUCCAAAGAUGAGGAACUCUGUCAAGUGGAAACUCAACAUUCUCAAGUAGUGUGCAUGUCACUGCUUUUCUAUUGUAUUUAAUUUGAAUAUGAGCGCAGUUUUGUUGAAUUAAAGAUUAUAAAAUACUUCUUA